GAUCUCUCUGUUUACGUUCUCUCGAAGCAAGAAGUCAAGGAGCCCGAGACAUUAUUGGAAAAUACCGGUUUGAAAAUCAGCAUAUUGAAGAAAGAAAAGAACAGCACAUAUAUUGUGGUUGUUAGGAGAAAAAAAGAAAGAGAGAGAAGGGACACGUCAGGAAGUGCUCAAAUCCGAGAAAGGAGUUCCCUUAGACCAGCGGAGGCCAGUAAAGACGGCAUUAUUAUACAAGUGCACCUGUCUCAGGAAAAAAAGAAAAAAAGAAAAAAAAAUUGUUCUCAGUGAAGUACUUGGAACACAUACAGCCCUGUGUGACCAACAUUUUCCCCAAGUGAACCAUGGCUUGGGGGGUGUGGUGCAUCUAUGUGCUGGGCGCUGGUGUGCGGCUCUGGCUCAUGAACUCCUCUGGGGGAGACUUCAUAGCCAAGCGUGUCGAGUUUUCCACACCACUCAAUUCCUGGAAGAGGGUGGAGGAAGGUGUUUUCCUGUACUCUCAAGGCAUACCAGUGUACAGUGGAGGUGUUUUCCACGAGACUCCUCUGUGUCUGCUUAUUAGCAGCUUUCUCAUUAGGUCUUGGAGAGCGUAUCUCUCCCUCCUGUUUGUAGCUUGCGAUCUUCUCACUGCAGCUUUGCUGGCAGCAGUUGCAGCAAGUUACAGCAGGAAACAACUUGUUGAACAGAAGAAAAACGUUGACAAGUAUUCAGUUGAUGCCCUGCCCCUGCUCCUUACUUCCGAGUCCCUGUGGUCUGGUGUGGCCUAUGUUAGUGCUGUGUAUCUCUUCUGUCCCUACACUGUAGCAUCAUGUGUGGCCCAAACAACCACUGUGUUCGACAACCUGGUUCUGGCUACAGUAUUGGUCUCCAUGGUUAAAGGUUACUCCAUACUGUUUGGUGGGCUUGUAGCUGUGGCAACAUAUCAGUCCUUCUACCCAGUGUGCCUGCUGGUACCAGGCAUUAUCAGCUUAGUGCAGGAAAAGAACUCUAUCUCAGCCCUUGUGAAGCCAUUGUUAUCCUUUGCUGUCUCACUGGGACUCCUAAUGAUCAUGUCUGCUGAGAUUGCUGGCAGCUGGGAGUUCUUAGAAGCAACUUAUGGUUUUAUAUUGGCAGCACCAGAUCUAACUCCCAACAUUGGUCUGUUUUGGUACUUCUUCACUGAGAUGUUUGAGCAUUUUCGAUUGUUCUUCCUAGCAACUUUCCAAAUUAAUGCGUUUGUAUAUGUGUUACCUUUGUCUAUUCGCCUUCGCCGAGACCCCAUCCUGCUGGCCACAGCACUGCUUGCCUUCACUGCCGUCUUCAGGAGCUACCCAUCCCUUGGCAAUGUGGGGUUCUACUUGGCCCUUGUGCCCAUGUGGAAACAUCUACAUCCAUUCAUGCGGCAAACCUUUAUUGUCGGGUGCAUGUUUGUGUCCACAUCAGUCCUUGGGCCCAUCAUGUACAACCUCUGGAUCUUCAGUGGCUCUGCUAAUGCCAAUUUUUAUUUUGCAGUCACUCUUGCCUUCAACACAGCUCAGAUUUUCCUUGUCACAGAUCUUCUCUUUGCUUACGUAAAAUGGGAAUACCAGCUCACCCAUGGCUCCAAGAUAGAAGUAGAUGGAAGUCCUGGCCGGCUUACUUUGCAGUGAUAAAUUGUUAUACUUUUUAUUAGGUUAAGGGUUAGCAUAAGAACAUUCCUUCAAACUUCCUAAUUGUCCCAGUCUGUUUAUAUAUUUUGCUAUACAUGUAAAGUUUGCCCCAGAAUGAGCACUUUCAAGAGUAGUGAGAUUUUUCAGUCUAAAGAUUGGUGGUCAUGGGAUCCCACUGCACUUUAAAGUACUGUCACAAAAACCAGAGCUGUACCUCUACAGCUCCCUGUUGUACAUAAUAAUGUUUUUAAUGUGGUAUCAUGAGUUGUUUUAGUAAAAUGAGUAUAUGUAAGUGUCUGCCAAAAUCUACCUAGGCCUUGGCCGUCAUCAUGGCUCAGUUGGUGGAGUUGUUUAUUGUAAGUGUCCUGUUAUAGUUCAGUCCCUAACUACUUCCUAUUUAAAGCAUGAGGUGAGGUUGUUAAUAAUGAUGGAAGCAGUGAGGUCCCUGAGAGUGUGAUGAUGUGCAGGCUGAAUUGGGCCAUGACCCCAGCCAAGGACCAUGUUCUGAAACACCUCUGGAGAAAAAUCUUGAGAGAGAAUCCAGCUAAUCAUUUCUGUGGCCUUGCAAAAUAGUCAUGAUAAAGAGAGGAAGUAAGUGCAGCAAGGGAAUUGUUGAAACAAAUAAAUGGAAUGACAAAGUCCAGAGCCAAAAAUGAUUGUAGGAAUUGGCAACUGCACUAAUUUUUGUAUUUAGCAUUUAUCUCAUAAUAAAACUUCAUAAAUGUUA